AUGCCGGUGUUGGAUGCCAACAGUCUGGGGGAGCUGAGGGAGGCCAUCAAAUUGACUUUAUCAAGAUGUGUCCUAAACACGGUAAGCACUGCUCCGCAAAUAUAUCUUAACAUCUCUUUAACAUCUCUAGAAAUUGUGACCAUCUUAAAAAUCUCCAAAUCCUUUGCCUUGUAUUUCUGUAAAUAAUAGAAUUAGCUAAGCACGAAUAGACUUUAAAAUAUCACACGUUUAUCAAGGUCUGCCCAGUACCAAAGAAUUCCACUUACCCCACCCCUUUGCAUCCCAAACAGCCCGUAGCUAAGACUUUUCACAUUAUUUUUUUAUCUAAUAAUCUGCCACCAUUUGGGGAGUGGGGUGGGGGCGCUGUUUCCCCAGUUCAACCCGUACAGAAGCCACGAAGCCUUAGUAUUUAUGGAGUGGUGCACUUUUGAGAGUUCAAUAAAGAGAAUUUAUUCUCCGCCACGGUCAGUUAAAACGGAUAAUUAUUGCGGAUUUGAAAACAAUUCUGUGACCGAGUUACUAACUCUGCGUAGUUAUUUUAACCAACCUGACCUGCUGGACAUGGAACCUUAUAAUUGUUAACGUUCGGCCGGAGCUUUUUACUGACAUUCGGAACUUUUCGUGGUUCUUGAGACUCGUAAAUCAUAAAUAAUUACAUAUUAAAUAAACUUAUUCAAAUGAAUUCAUUCAAUAAUCAAUCAAUUAAAAGGGAACAGUUCAAGUGUCAUUAUUAUUUUUAAAAUUAUUUUUUAAAGUUUGUAGUUUUUUUUUAAUUUAAAAACCUUGGCAUCGUGUUAUACAAUGAUUGGAUUUGAUGUGACUGUGACUAAACUACCAAUUUAUAGCGGGCUAAUCACGGUUCAGUGAUUUGACAGGAUUUUAAGAUGAGCUACUUACAUAGCUUCUCAUGUAGUUUUGAUGGGCGACGUGCGCGUCAAAUCUUUACAUUGAUCUUUGGUUUCUCCUUCUCCCUCCCUCCCUCCCUCUCCCUCCCUCUCUCUCCCUCCCCCUCUCCCUCCCUCUCUCCCUCCCUUCCUUCCUCCAUCCCUCCCUCCCUCUCUCUCUCUCCCUCUCUCCCUUCCUCCCUCCCUCCCUCCCUCCCUCCCUCUCCCUCCCUCUCUCUCCCUCCCCCCCUCCCUCCCUCUCUCCCUCCCUUCCUCCCUCCAUCCCUCCCUCCCUCUCUCUCUCUCCCUCUCUCCCUUCCUCCCUCCCUCCCUCCCUCCCUCCCCUCCCAACCAAAACCCACGGAUAGCAUAAUCUGCACUGUCAGUUCUUUGUAGUUGGUACCAUGGAAUGUUACAAAAAUAUCGGGGAGUGGGAACGGAAUGGAGGGGGAAAGGAAGUAUCCAUUAGAUUUAUUACCUUAAAGUCAGAGAUGCCCGACAGGCAGAUCGUAAAACGUAGCACUGAAAACAUUGUCUAUGCCAGUGAUCCCCAAACUCGUCGCCUGACGGACCUUUACAUAAUGUGUAUCCAUAGUUUAGCAGGGACUUGUACACAAUGAAUUGAUUAUCGUUAUCGAUCUUCUUAAAUCGUUCACUUUUAACUUAGCGUCGACUUAAGGUUUCAGUACAGGUUUCGAUUCGUGGACCACCAUCUUAGGAGCAUUUGGUUAUGUCUUUAGGGUGGAGACUGUAACAGAAAUCGUGUAUUUCAUUUGGAGAAAGCUCCCAUAAUCAAAUCAGCUGCACUUUUUUUCUUUUUCUAAUUUACAUAUUUUUUGUUUGGGGGGUGGGGGGACCUGUCACUACAUAUUGAUAUGGAAUUUUUUUAAAGUUAUGUAAACACAACGGAUUUUUAGAACGUCUGAGUUAUAAACAAUAUUGACUCUUUAUAACUGAUUUAUAACAUUAAUGACUCUUUACCCCUGAGUUAUAGCAUUAAUGACUCUUUAUGUCUGAGUUAUAACAUUAAUGACUCUUUAUGUCUGAGUUAUAACAUUAAUGACUCUUUAUGUCUGAGUUAUAACAUUAAUGACUCUUUAUGUCUGAGUUAUAACAUUAAUGACUCGUUACACCUUAGUUAUAACAUUAAUGACUCUUUAUGUCUGAGUUAUAACAAUAAUGACUCGUUACACCUUAGUUAUAACAUUAAUGACUCUUUACGUCUGAGUUAUAACAUUGACUCUUUACGUCUGAGUUAUAACAUUAAUGACUCUACGUCUGAGUUAUAAACAUCAAUGACUCUUUAUAUCUGAGAUAUAAACAUUAAUGACUCUUUACGUCUGAUUUAUAACAUUAAUGACUCUUUACAUCUGAUUUAUAACAUUAAUGACUCUUUACGUCUGGGUUACAAAACAAUAAUGACUCAUUACGCCUGAGUUAUAACAUUAAUGACUCUUUACGUCUUAUUUAUAACAUCAAUGACUCUUUACGCCUGAGUUAUAACAUUGACUCUUUACGUCUGAGUGAUAACAUUAAUGAUUCUUUACGUCUGACACGCCGUAGGCUCUGGUCUAUCACUUUAUGCCUGUCAAUAGAGAUAAAGUAAAGCUUUUGAAAAGCUCACCAUUUCAACUUAUUUUUAUAGCUUAAAGUUAGAGUAACGCUGGACUCUAUGCAGAACCGUCCGAAUCCUCUGUGUUUGGGGAACAGUCCGACUCCUAGUGUAUGGGGAACGGUCCGACUCCUAGUGUAUGGGGAACGGUCCGACUCUUGAAAGCAACAUUUGCCAUCUAUACAUCAUUAAUACAUGUUGCGCUAUGCUAAUCUGCCCAAGUUUAUUUUUUACUCAGCUGUGACAACGCCAUUUCAGCAGUGUAUUGAUUUGGAGGGCACUCUCUGAGCACGUACUCUUUGAGCAUUAUCUUAUUAAUAUAUACGCUGAGUAUUAUCUUAGUAACAUACACUCUGAGCAUUAUCUUAGUAACGUAUUCUCUGAGCAUUAUUGUAGUUACGUAUUCUCUGAAAAUUAUCUCAGUAACAUAUGUCUCUGAGCAUUAUCUUAGCAACGUAUUCUCUGAGCAUUAUCUGAGUUACUUACUCUCUAUAGUAUGAUCUCUAUUCCCAAUGGUUAACUGACCAGUUCACAUAAAACACAUCGCCUAUAGACAACGGAUUUCAUCAAGUCUCCGACACAAUACGUAAACGUAGAAAACUGAUCCCAGCUAUCUUGUAAAUAUGAGCAUCACUGGAACUUAAACUAGUGAGGUUUGUGAAACAUUGAAUAGUUCCAUGAUGACGACAAUAUUGCAGUAGCUAAACCUAAGUUCAUUGAAAAAAGCUUCACUCCGUAUUUCUAUUUUUUUUCGUCUCUCUUAUAAUCUUUCAACCCGCCAGUCGUGAUUUGCACCGUUGCUUGACAAAUUACACCAUCACACUUCACGCAAGUUGAUGCUACCUUCCUUCACACCGCGGUCAUUCCCCCUCUCCUUAACGUCCAGUCUCCCUCUUUCUCCCCUGGCAAUAUUGAGCAGCAAUAAUGCCCCCAGCAUUCAUCAGGCCAACUACUCACGAGAUGGUAACUGAUAGCCUUAUCGGCAGAUCUCUCUACACGGUCUCAUUGCUCCCCAGUCACUCCUCAUUUGGGACGAGGGGUGGAGGUUGGUGGGGGGGGGGAGGCACUUGCUGGCUCAGUCACGCAAUGUCCUCUUUCACUAUAACACAUUCUACUCUCAGCCCAUCUUCAGUUAUUUUAUUCUGAAACAUAUUCUUUGGACAGUUCUCUCAUAAUUGCAUAUUUAGAGUGGUGGUGGGUGGGGGGCUGAAAGGAGAUUGUGGACAUAUAAAUUAUCUCCAUGAUUAUUACAGUAAUCCAUGUCCCCCACAUAAUUUAUUACACCAACCGGCCCCAUCCAAUCAACCACACCCCCAUCCAAUCAACCACGCCCCAUACAAUCAACCACGUCCCAUACAAUCAACCACGCCACAUCCAAUCACCACACCCCAUCCAAUCAACCACACCCCAUCCAAUCAACCACACCCCAUCCAAUCAACCACACCCCAUCCAAUCUACCACACCCCAUCCAAUCAACCACGCCCCAUCCAAUCAACCACGCACCAUCCAAUCAACCACACCCCAUCCGAUCAACCACGCCCCAUACAAUCAACCACAUCUACCACACCCCCUCCAAUCAACCACGCCCCAUCCAAUCAACCACGCACCAUCUAAUCAACCACACCCCAUCCGAUCAACCACGCCCCAUACAAUCAACCACGUCCCAUACAAUCAACCACGCCACAUCCAAUCACCAGACCCCAUCCAAUCAACCACACCCCAUCCAAUCCACCACGCCCCAUCCAAUCCACCACACCCCAUCCAAUCAACCACGCCCCAUCCAAUCAACCACGCCCCAUCUGAUCAACUACAACACAUCCAAUCAACCACGCCCCAUCUAAUCAACCACACCCCAUCCGAUCAACCGCGCCCCAUACGAUCAACCACGCCCCAUCCAAUCAACUAUACCCCCAACUAUACCCCAUCCAAUCCACCACGCCCCAUCCUAUCAACCACAUCCCAUCCACCACAUCCCAACCCAUUAAACCACAUUCCAUCCCAUUAACCACAUACCAUCCAAUGACUUCAUACCCUAUGAUAAAUUGCACCACGUCCCUUCAGCUACACUCGGACAUAAACCCUCUUCUCUCAGGCGACUAUACUGUCACUGUUACAUUAACUGUUGCAGGAAAUGUUUAGUUUAUUAAGUCCAUGUCCCGAACGUAGAUUUAUUGGGUUAUAUCUAGCUUUUAAAACUCUACAUCUCGCAUGCUCACAAUCCAAUCACACUCCUCUUCUCACAGAACUAUUCACAGCCAUACUUUUCUUUACUUAAAAUGGGACCAAACAACCCACUUACUUCGUAUAUUCCUAUUCUGAUUUCAUUCCCACCACUCCCCACCACCACAUGUCGCCUGUCCAUAUGCCCAAACAAGGUCCAUAUUCUCUAAUAUUUUUAAAUGCUUGAAAACGGAUAUAUAUAUUCAUUAUAUUUCUGAUAGAGCAGUAAGGCAAUUAGUGAUAGUGAGAAUAUUAUAUUUUUAAAUAAAAAGUUUUAUUAUGACCCCUAUAGAUAAAAAGUAUUGUAAUAAUACUGAUUGGAUUGUGUACGAAGGGAAGUAUCAAUUCUCUUCUACACCCGCCCCUUCCCCACACAAAUAAGCUUACCUACAUUAAAUGAAAUAACAGAAGAACUGAGUAUACAGGGACCAUCUGUGAAAUAAAUCGAUAGUCCUGGCUGGGGCAAUGUUCGGGCCAAGCAAUAAAUGAAAGGCUGUGUUUUGUUUUACUGUUGGCUUGCUGGUUCGUUUGGUCUCUCAAGACUGACUUUCAAAUAAAUCACGCCAUUCACCUACAUAACGCAAGAAAUGUUUCUUCGAAAAGAUAACCAUAUAAUCAAAUUGGAUCGUAUAGGGAGGGACCUCCAUGAGCUCACAGCUCCCGAUCAGGCAAUAUCUCUGUACCCAAACACGACCCCUUCCCGAAAACCUUUCACAAUACUAUAAAUUUACAAUUGCAUCGGAUACCACUGAAACUAGCUGCCACCGUAUGUGAUUUAAUGUUAGCAUCAGAUUAAUUUCUGUUUUGAUCUAAAAAUAAACUUCCAAUAUAUAUAUAUAUAUCUUUUUUUAAAAAUGUAAGUUUGUUGCUAGUUUCGCGGCACCUGCUGUUUUUUCCCCGGGAUCCUCCAUUGCAAAAUAAGCGUACGUACAACAUAGCAUGUAGGCCCGACCGUGGACCGUAGUUAAGGAGGCUUGAUUUAUGAGUUCUCUGCGUACCCCGUGGCUUUACCUCGAUGUGUUAAUAAAAAUUUAAAAAAAACCAGGCCCCCGUCAUAGACAAUCUGACGUCAUGUCUGGCCUUGGUCUGUGCGUUACCACGACUAGGCUGAUCAUUACACUCGCGGGCAGAUGUCUGGCUUUUGUCUAUCCGUUCAUAUUCAUUGACACAGACAAUUCCCUCAAUGUUUGGACAGAUGCCUGGCUUUGGUCUGCGUGUUAAUGCUAACCGAAUAACAAUAUUCACCAACAGACAAUUCGACGAGUCUAUAGGCGUCGGUUGAGUUGCGCGCUAUAUAAAGAAGACUAAACAACCUUUCCGUGUACAGAGUAAUGGACAUCUAGAUGGCACAAUGGGAGACAAGGAUGUAGUAGGACGCAGGACUUAAACAUUGCCCUCACGGUGACCAAUGGGAGACGAUGAGGUUCAAGAUCGGGUCAUAGGCAGAUUGAUUAAAAUAAAGUUAAAUGCAUGUCUGGCACUUUGAGGGGGAAAAAAUGAAGUCAUUUCGGGAAUUGUGAAAUGUGGGCCAUUUUGGAUAUAUGAUUUCAAUCAUUACAGUCCAUACUCGUAAAUCAGCGUUGCCAAAAAGGUGGUCCGCGGACUAGACUUUGCCUGUCCGCACAACAUGAAUAUUUAUGUACAAAUAAAAAGGAAGGAUAAUUAAUAAAUCUGGCGCCAGUUGGAAACUUGUCCAUCGGUCCGCCAAAUGUUUUUAAAAGUUUGGGAAACGCUUUCCUAAAUUACUAUACAAAUCAAUUUAAAAUACCAAAUAAAUUAAAAUUUAUAGAGCCAAAUAAGACAUGCUUCCGGAAACUCGACUAUGAACACAUUGUUGCGGGUUGCAUGUAAAUGCAUAAAUAAUACUGAGCUUGCGCUAUUGCUUUGAGGGGGACCACUCAUAUAAAUUACGGCUCAAUUUUAAAAAUAACUUCAGUUUAUUUACGCGGGCAAUACAUACAUUUUUAAAGCACUUUAUCACAGGGGGAAAAAAACAACACGCCAACAGUUUUUCUCACGAAGUUCCUCCAGCCGUCUUUUAAGCAAAGUACCCAUGCUUUAAGUAUUCAAUAUAAUUAAAUAAAUGUAUAUUAUAUCGAACCGAUUUGAUUCUUUUUAAAGAUUAGUGUCAAUAGAGUCACAAAAAACAUAAGCAUCCAGAUGAGAGAAAAAACUUUUUUUCAUUAUUUCUGUAAGUAAAAAAACAAACAAAGUGUACGUUUUAUUUCAUUUAUGUGAGCAUGGUCUGUGGCAUAGGAACACUUAGAGUUUGGUCUAGCGUGUGCGCCAUGGGUAUAUACAUAAGCCAAUCAUUUGCUUUUUCUGCUCCAUUAAACUUUUGCACGUCACUUCAGAGGACUGGCCCACUUCAUCAGCUUUACAAUUUUGUGUGUGGCAAUUUUCCAAUUGUUUCUUGUUAUAUUAUGUUUGGGCGAGUUUCGACUAGACUUUGUCCAACUUUACUUUCUUUGGUGCCAGCGAGCAUCUUAGCCAAUGGUUUGUCUUAUUUGGUGGUCGUUUGUUGUCUUCCAACGGCAUCUCCUCCGGGCAGGUGGUCGGAGAAAGCUCAGGAGCAAUACAGCAAUGGCAUCGACCUGGGGAUAAGUGGCGGGAAGAAAGGGCUUGACGUCUGCUCGUAAGCCUGCCGGUGAGAGAAACAUGGCGGCCAACAAGGUAAUAAAGGCGGAGACUGGCUUGUGGCACGCACCAAUAACCUGACACAAUCAACAACCGAUUCGUAUCGAUAAAUCGAUCCCUGUCGUUUGAUUGCUUGUGCGUUUGCAUUAGCUGUCAACUUUUCAAUGAAUGGAUAGAGAAUGGACAAACGUGUUGGCGAUGGAGCUCUCGUUGCAUAUUGGAAGAAACAUAUGUUUUAAGUGUUGUUAUUAUUUUUUUUUUUGUGGGUAGGUUUUUCCAUUGAUUAAAUCAGUACCGUUUUUUGCCAUGAUAGUGUAGGAAAUGGCCGGAGAAUACAGAGGUUAAAACAAUACUCAGCCAACAAGUACAGAAUGGUCGACAAAAUAGUUAGAGAAAAUCUGUAACAUGGUGAUGGGAAUAUUUGCGACAACUUUUGUCCCAUCCGUAUUUUUCUGUUUUGCCUGUCCCGCUGUCACUAAAUAAUAUCCAGCUCAUGUUGUUACAGCCGGUAAUGAAAAGGCAGACAUGCACCUAAGCGCCUUCAACGCAUACGUACAAUUCUAAUAAUGAAGCCCAAUCACUGGUCAGCAAAGGACAACGGGAUGGAUAGGCGGGGGGGGGGGGACUUCAACGAUAGCCCACAGAAAAUAGCAUAAACUAAUCUAAUUAGUUAGAGAAUGCAAACCACCAUCAAAUGACGCAGUUGGGGGUAGGUGAAAAAAAAUCUGAAAAGACUCCUCGGUAGUGCUGACACAGCCAACUGUGUCUUGUUCAGUGAAACAGGCGGUCAUCGUUCUUAAUAUUUAACUUUGCUGCAAAAUUGUCCAACUAAUGAGAGUCUCAGAAAUGUUUAGAACUAAUAUUAUUCUUGUUUGUCAUUUAGCUCAUUGUUUCCAUAACUUUUUUCUUCUUGGCUCGAUUUGUUACUUUGCACAUUUUGUUUAAACAAUGUCUAUGUAUAGCCGAAUCUGUUCAAGCAUUUCACAUACAUUGGAUCCACUGUGUUUAGUUCACUCUCCGUUAACGAAUAGGGGAACAUCUGGAUCGCAAAAGCAGCAGCUACUAGGGCUAAAUUUAAUAAGCGGACAUGAAAUAAUAUUAAACUAACGGAUAGUACAAAACUAAGCGUCAAGGUUUCUCCUAUAUAAGAAAUGAAGCCGAGACUGCCAUUUCCGGAUCGGCCUAGUAAGCCAUUUCAUGAAGUGUCCAUAGCUACUCCAUCAUCUCGCAAGACGGAAGGAUGCCAUAUAUAUUAUAGUUAAAUGUAUGCAUGUAGUCUGUGUGGUUUUGUUUUUUCAACUUGGUCUCAAAGUGGUUUAUGGAAGUAAUCAGUAUAUUCUAUGUCGAUGUGUUGGUAUUAAAGUAGUUUGCGGAAAUAAUAACUAUGUUUUCUGUCGUAUGGGUUUUGUUAUGAAAGUGUUGUUUUUUUUGUUUUAGAAAUAAUCAUGUUAUCUGUCGUUUGGGUUCGCUUGUAAGUGUUUUGUGGAAAUAAUCACUAUAUUCUUUGUAGUAUAGGUUUUGUUUGAAAGAGGUUUCUGAAAAUAAUCAAUUUAUUCUUUGUCGCAUGGGCUUUGUCUGGAAGUUGUUUGUAGAUAUCAUUUACAAAACUUAGAUUAUUUAUAAAGCACGCCAUCCCAAUAGUCAUAAACUCAGUUUCAUUACAUCAGGCAUCUUCAAUUGGACACUUUUCUAUCUCCCUGAAACCGAGUAAUUGAAACUAUCCAUUAAAAACUGGCACACAUCCCUUCACUUGCCCACUCUCCUCUACACAGGGGCUCACACCCAUGCACCCCCAUUCACUGUUGUCUCCCCCGUGGCUUAAGUGGGUAAAAAGGGAUCUCCCCUCACGCCAGCUUGAUUCCAGCGUCAAUACACAAGCAGUGUUGAACGGUUGUGAUUAAGUUUGCCUUCAAGAACUAGAGCUCGCUGGCAUUUUGCUUCAGGAAAAUUCAUUCCGCAAAGAGGCUCUGGAUGACUUCAUAAAAAUCUUCAUUCCUAACAUUCCCCCUUCUGUAGCCAAUGUACUCUAACUUCUUUCCAUCUUUUCCCCCUAUAAGCGCUUGUAACACUUGAUUUAUUUCACGAGGUAAAAGAUACUACAGAGAAAUUAAUCAAUUAUAUGAAGACAGUGUGCAGUUGUAAACUCUAAUCAGGUCAUAUUAUAUAGGGAUUUGUGAUAGAGAGGGCCGCUACUCUUGUUGACGUCUUCUGUAGAAUUAACGACCAGACGGUAGUUUAUUGUCAAUUGUGAAAACACAAUAACAAAAUCCCUGAUUUGUUUUUUUCUGUGAACAAAUUUACGUUUUAUGGUAGUCGCCCCCCUUUUCUUUUUAUUGUGUGACACUCUGCCCACUGAGAACUGAGAAAUGACGACAGGAAUGAUUCCGUAAAGCAAAUAUGUUAUCGUUAUAUCAAUGUCCUUAAAUCCAGCAAAUUGGGACACGAUGUCGUCCAGGUCAGACAAGUAGAAAGUAGGAUCAGAAAAUGAAUACGAUUUAAAAUUAAAAUAAACACUUUUACGAAUUAAGGUGAACGGACACGGGAAUCCUAACUUUGACACUGUCACAUGGCAUCAUAUAUCGGGUGGUGCGGUUUUUUGUUUGGACACACACGUGUUUUGGUGUCGUAGUUGGAUUAAAGUCGAUAAUAUAUAUAUAUAUAUUACAGAAGUCAAUGAUAACGUUAACCAAGAUGAAGAAAAAAUAAGGGAACUACUCGAAGAUUGAGGAAAGUGAUGUUGAUUAAAGAAUCCUAAAGCCAGGGAAAAAGAAUCGGUUUUUAUCCUGCGUUUGUGAUAAGAUGGGAACAUGUCCCAGACAGAGUCGGACGUGCAUUCAACACAAGCCGGCAGCCGACACACAUUGAUCUCACGGACGGACGGGUGGACCUCCCUUCUCACUUACACUUGCAGCUUGGAGUUUUUUGUUUGUUAUUUAGGCCUGUCGCUAAACCCACCCAACCCCAUGUCGACGUCAUUUGAAUUCGUCGUAUUAUUGGCUGUACUCGCACUCAAAAUGGAUCGAAGAGUUAAAUUCCGUGUUUCGAUGGUCAUAAGGGUAGAUCCGUUCUAUUCAAGUUUACAAAGAAUAGUUUCUUAUGGCUUUCCGAUCACAGAUCUUCCAAUCGAUCCGGGACAUCUGAAUCUGAGCACGUGUUUAGUGCAGUUGUUUGGCGUUAAUCUUACCCCCCAAAAAAGACAGAUGUCCAUUCUUUUGGACAGGAGCACGCCAACGGCCUGCGUGAGCCGGCGUCUGUAGGGUAUUCAUAUGGGAUUCAGGGUUGUUUUGUGGUGUGAGGGUCUAGGGAUUGGUGUCAGGGGAUAUCUAUAAGGUCUGGGUAUGGCUGGGGGUGGCUUUGAUGCAGCGGACUGGGUCUGAAUAUGGCUGGGGGAUGUCUUUGAUGCAGCAGACUGGGUCUGAGCAUUGUUGGGGGAUGUCUUAGAUCUAGCGAACAUGGUGUGAAUAUGGUUGGGAUUUCGUAGAUGUCGCGGACAUGGUCUAAGUAUGGUUGGGAUAUCUUAGAUGUAGCGGACAGGAUCUGAGUAUGGUUGGGGUGGCUUAAAUGUCGCGGAAUGGGUAUGAGUAAGGCUGAGAUGUCUCACAGGAAGCAAAAUGUUUCUUUGUUUGGCUGGGAUGUCUUAGAAGUAGCGGACUGGGUGUGAAAAAUUGUUAGUCAGAUUUUUUGAAGCUUUUUUAGGGUCUUUACAUAAAUAAAAAUAGUCCCACUUCAACAGCGACCCACUUUAUCAGGGGCCCAAUUGCCAUCAGGCAAGUUGACCUUGAACUAGUUCAGCGCUAGGUUUACGGUUCACUGCUUAUUGGUGUAAAGUGACAUCUGAGUUUAGGUAUGGAUGAUGUGGUGUUCCAAACCUAAGUUACCUAAAAUUGUGGUCAAAUGUAUUUUCGUUAAGUAAAGAGGCACCCGGAAUACAUAUUAAAAAGGCGUUGAAGAAGUAAAAUUCCGAAGAUAGUGGUCGGUGUGUACCUAUACUGCAGCCAAAAUUGUCCUAUGUUCACAUUUAGGCUAAAUGUACAAUAGCCGACCCCCCCUGAACGUAAGAUCCCCCCCAAAAAAAGACAUUGUAACAAUAAGUGCUUUUAUGUCUUUAGUAACUUCUACAUCUAUCAUCUCUUGCUUUUGUGAAAGCGGCCAACCGUCGUGUUGAUAGUCUAUAUUUGUUUUAUCAACAGCACCUCAUCAAGGUCUACCUGCGUGACCCUGCCAGCACACAUCUGGUUGAUGAGAAUUGUAGAACUCUACCCAACAGUAGAUUUAUCAGGUUGGUCAACACUUAAAUUUCCAUUAAAAUAUAUUCUAGGCUGUAGAAGACUUUCCAUACUACUACAGUAAAACUUAUAUUGCCAUCUCUUUUAGGGUGUGUAAGACUUUACAAAUCAGAAUCAAACUACUGAUUUAUGGCAUUUUCUGUUUGUCUAAGAAAGGUUUUUCAAUUUGAAAACUUCUUGCUUGUUGGGCCAUUAGAGAAUAAAAUUAUUGACCAAAUUAUUUUCAUUAAGCAUUGUGUCUUCUCACAGAAUGUGAAACAGAUCAUUUUGUGGGUUCAGCUUGGAGGGCUGCACGUGGCAGGUUUGAGACCACUGGUCUAAGCCGUGCAUUACUAUAUUAUCUUCUGUCACUAAUCACAACAUGUUCCUCAGUUUUGUGGUUGAAUGAUGAGAUAUUUACUAAACAUACAUUUUUGUUUCAGCAGUAGUAAUAAUGAACAUGUUCAGACCAGUUCAUCUCAAUGAACUUAGAAUUUACUUUUGUUUGUAUGUGUGUUGAAGAAUGAAAUGAUUUCUCUGUUGACUAAGCAUGUGUCUUGAUCAUGAUCUGAAUACAGUGACAUCCUGCAACAGAGGGGAAAGACAGUGGUGACAGUCAACCACAACCAAGACAGCAUCAGGGAACUUUUGGGCAGUCAGCACAGCAAUGACAACAACCAUUCAGGUCAGCCAUUUCUUCUAGCAUGCCAACAAUAGGAGCAGUAUGUGAAUAUAAAGUAGUAUUAGAUGUGGGCUGGCAAAAAAAAAAAAAAAAGGUCAUUUCAGCAAAGAUAUAGAGAUUAUUGAAUAAAAAUUAUCAAACAUCUAUUAAUAUUUUUUAAAAUGUUGAAAUUUCAAGAAAAUCUACCCAUGAUAACAACCAAGUUUUCUGUGGGUUUUAUUUGUUGAUUGUUAGUUUCAAAUAAGCCCCUACAAAGACUUAAAGACUUAUUGAUACGAACUAAAGAUUUGUUUCAUUUGAUAUUUCCCGCCCCAAGAAUAGCCCCCCUGAAUCCAAAAGUUCCCUAAUAACCCCCACAGGCAAAAACCCCCUUCUUUGACAGGUGGUUUAUGGGUAAAAAUCGCAAGGUUAAAGAAUUAAAAAAAAAAAAAAAAAAAAAAAAAACCAGAUGCUUGUUAAUGUUUUCAAAAUUAUAGCAACAUUUUGAAGUGAAACAUUCAAUAAUGGUGGUUCUUUGUGAAGGAAUGACCUAAGCACAGAUCCCCCCCUGACUGUUUCUCUUCUUAAGCCACAAAUAAAUUAAAUGUUCAACUGGCCUCAUAUGUGUCACCCAACCAAAUGUACAGUUUUGGCCUCAUAAAACCUGUACACAUUCUCAUAUCUUGCACAAACAACGAUGUACGCAGACGAUCAUGCCUGCACCACAAUUUCCAUUUCACACAAACGUACUGGCAAGGACCCCCUCAAGAAGUCCAAGAUUUCAAUGUAACACUGGGCUGGGGAUUCACAGAAUCAACUUGGUUGUUCAUUGUCAUUGUGACAUUUUAAGGUACUCAGUACUCAACAUGUUCAUGUGCUACGAAAUUUUUAUGUGCAUCUCACAAUGUUAAAGAUUUCAUUUUUUGUUUCCCCAGUGCUACUGCUACCGAUCCCAGAGAGAGGGACUCAGAAAAGUAUAGGUUUGGUGGUGGUGAGUACUCUACAGGCCUUUGUGGGAUGCAGCAGUGCUGUUGGGCUGUAACUUUCCUAUCAUCAUCAUUUUAAAACAGAAUUUUACAACACAAGUUGAAUCAAUAGUUCACAAAGGAAGACUAAUGAAUUUUGUUUUUAUAAGAACCAUGUUGGCCAUCUCAUUAAAACAAUAAUUUUACUGUUGUACUCUUAAUAAUUUAACUGCUCUACCUUGAUCAUUGUGUAACUGCACUUUUAUAUAAUUAGUUUUGUUACAUUAGUGUGGUGCUUACAUAUUUUUAUUGUUUUGUUGCAUUAGGUAGUAUCACAGGCAGGUUCACUUUCCAGUGUUGACCCCAAGAGGGUAGAGUUAUGUUUAAAACAGGUAAGGAGAGUUGACCAGGUCAGUUAGGUUCUAGUCCACACACAUUCAACAGUUCAAAUUUAAAAAAAAAACAUUUUCAAAAAUAAGUGCAUGUUGACAAGUUUUACUAUUCAAGUAAACUCAAAUAGAAAGGAAAGAUUUUCUUGUGUAAAAAAAAAAAAGUUUUAAUGCAAGUUCUCUUAUAAAAAUGUGUACCUCCAGAUUUCUGUCACAUAUGAAGUUUUGAGAAAUAAUGUCAGCAAAGAGAGUGGACAUAUCAACAACUUAGAGUCUUUAAUACAACUAUGUGGUGAGCACAGUUUCCCUCUUAUUUUUACUUACUUGCCUUUGGUGUUGUAAUACAUUGGAAUGUUGGUAUGACAGCAAGUUUCUUUUAUACAUAAUCCAAGGUUAUUCUGUUAUGCGAAAAAAAAAUUGUGUUUUAAUCUGAUGGGAAAGUUUUUCUCAAGUCUGUGUUGUCAUUUAUUUUUUAAUUUUUUUUUUUAUUGUUCUGACAUGUCCUUUUAAUGACAAGUUCUAUGAUAAGUUCAGAAUUUUGCUUUCAUGUUAGAAAAAAAAAAUGUAGAGCAAAGCAUUCACAACAACACUAGCUGUCUGUUCCUUACUGUUCUAGAAAAGCAAAUUACCAGAAGCAAAUAACCCUCAUGAUAUAAACUGGUAUUCUUUAAAACACUGGCAAUCACAACUGCACCAAGUUGAAUGCAGGGGGAAAAAAAAUUUAAGUUAUCUGUGACAAGAUGAAUAUACAUAGUUGAUAUUUACAAGAUGACUAGAGCAAGUUGAUUGCAUCAAUUAGACUGCAUCAAUUAGACUUUUCUAGACUACAUAAUUUUCGUAUUGUUCAUGCUGCAGGAGACAAAUAUGGUGCUGUUCCAUUUCCACCCUUUUUUGUAAUAGAUCUCCUCCAAAUUGAGCAGUUCUCUGGUGACAGUGUUGAUUAGGUUACAGUGUACCUGGCCACUCUUGAUGUCAUGCACAUGUCAUAGAGGAAACACAUUAGGCCCCCCCCCCCCCCCCUACACUCCCCCCCCCCCCCCCCCCCCCCCCCCAAAACUGGUGUGAUUUAUCUGGCCCAUGUGAUUAAAGACCAGGCCCAGGCAAUCCUUUGAUCCAGAUAUCCAGAUGUUGACAUUCUGGCUGGAGGUCUAUUUAUAGCUUCAUGGCUGGACACCCAUCCCCAAUCUUCAUUUUCUGAUACUGAGACUGAUAUUAGCCAUUGAGGAGUUCUCAUUCUUGUCAGUCCUUUCCAUUAUAAAACCAUUUCACAAGUCAGUCUUUCCAUCCCUUUUCCCUAGUUUAAGUUAUUAGCAGUUGCUGAGCUGGUCCUUAUUUAAAUAAGUUCAUCCCAAAGACAUAGCUUUCUUCCAGGGAGAAUUGAUCAGGGGGCCUUCAAGCAAAGGGAAAUUAAAUGAAAUGUGUUUUAAUACAUUUAUAUAUUUUUUUAUACUGUGCUUGUCAUUUCAGUUAUAUAUAAUCUUCUUUUAUAUUAUGUCAGUGUUCUUCUGUUGUAUUGUGAGGUGAUUGUGUUCUCUUAUAAAUAUGGCUGUACUUAAAUUUUCAAAUCUAACCUGUAGAUCUCAAUAUAGUAGGCAACAGUCGGUUUAUCGUAAUGCCAUCAUUAAAAUGUUGUACACAUCUACAAAAGCCUAAACAACUAGGUUAGUUUCCAUUUUUUUUAGUGACUACACACUUCUAUAAUGUUUUCAAGAUGACUUCACAAAUGCAACACAAAUCACCCUUGUUUCAUUUUGAUGUGGAAAACCAUCAAAACUUCCAUUUAGCUUUUCAUAUUUUCUGUAACACCUGUGAAGUUGUCAUGCUGGGAACUUGUAUGUGUGCAUAUAUUGGUUGUGUUAAAUACGUUGCUAAUGUCCUACUACUGCUGUAAUGCUGUUACCUGGUGUCUUAUAACAGGGGAGCUACAUGAUCCAGAUGCAGCACAGCUGGAGAUUAAAGUUGUUAGAUAUGUAAGUGAAUCACAAACAUCAUAACAUAACCCACAGCCUAGCAAUGACUACAUAGACUUAGACAUCUUUUAUCCUUAGAUCUUCUUGGUAUUUAAACCACGUUUAGCUAUUUCAUCUGUUAAAAAUGUUUUGAUAGUAAAAUAUCUCUUUGUAUUAGUUCCAAGCACACCCGUUUUUAAAGACUGGAAUUCCAUUCACACUUAGACAUCUGAAAGAGGAUUUCUAAGGGGUGUUUUAUUUUCACUCACCACUAACUUAUUUUUAUUUCUUACAAUAAAAUGUAUACAAAUAAUCAUUUUUUUAUUUUUAAAAAUGUUUUAAAAAGCAAAACACCAUUGCAACAAUGUUGACUUUCAAAUUUGUGUCUUAAAAUUUAACCAAAAAAAAUUAUUGAACAAAAUAUUUAUAGUGCUCUUCAUCUUUCAGCUCCAGCAUCAAACAGAUGCAGAAACUGGUUUUUUACUGCUAGUGGUGCCUGAAACGCAGAUGCUCUUCUGUCAAGUAAGUUUAAAUAAAAAUCCCAAUCAUUUUACAUAAGAGAGAACAUUAUUAGGAGAGAAAAAACAGAAACCUCUUGUCCUUUUUGUCUAGAUGGUGGCAAAUAUAUGAAUGAUUUCAAGCACAUUGAGGUCAGUGACCUCAUUGCCAGAUUUUAUUAGUGUGAACUGAUGUCUUGGGUUUAUGAUGAGCAGCGUGUAGUUUGUACUCUCACAGUAUCAAGAACUACAGUAGAAUAUCACUGCUGCACAUCCCCCCAAUAGUCCAUUUAAUUCAUUCUCAUCUUUCAUGUCUCACCACUUCAGAUAGUACCAAUCUCCGAACCCCACCCCACUUUCUCCUUAAUCCCCUUCCCCAAACACAUGUUUUCGGUCAGAUAAUACUUUGCAGACAGGCCUAAAUAUAUUAAUUUGUAUUAUUAAUUGCCUCCUGAUUUACCAGGACAAAUAAUACAAAUGCAAUUAAUAAGUUGUAUUAUUUUUUCACAUAAAUUUUCAAUAUUAAAUUAAAGAUAUAAUAUGGGCAGGACUGUGUUCAAAUUUCUUAUACUAAAGUGUUUGUUUUCAUACAGUCCUUACUUACAAAGGAUGAAAUACUUUUUUUUUUUAUAUUUCAAAAUGUACAUAAUUGAGCUGGUCAUUUUCAUAAUAAGAAUUGGAUUACUGAUUUUAUAGCAUAAUUUGUCAUAUGUUUGUAAUUUAACCUUCUAGCAUCACACCAGCAAGAAGUGCUGCAUUGUUGGUUCCACAUGUAACCAGCUGCCACUGGUUGACAUUCUAGCUUACCAGAUAAAAGGACAUGGCUCAGGCUAGUCAAGGAAAGAUUACUGGUGGCCACAAAGCGUUAUUGUUUUCCCAAUGGGAAAUUUGAAAUCAAUUAUUUAUGCUCAGGACAUGGGAGAUGAGAUUUUUUGCCUGCCAUUGAUUUGUUGUUUCAGUUUAACUGAUUGCUUGACUGAGAUUGGUUAUGAAAUAUAUAAUAUAUAUAUAAAUAUAUAGGGGGCUGUGUACAAGCCCUGUGAAAUAAAUAGUGGAACAAGAUAUUUUGAGGUUUUAAAAAAAACAACAUGUCAGUUCAUUUCUGCUAGAUGCCUUCUUCAGUGGACAAUACAAUAAUAAAUAACAGAUAGAGGCUUCCACCAAAAAGUCCAUUUUAAUUGUCAUGUCUUAUUUUUCCAAUCCUAAACACAUCUUGUAUACUAUGAAAUAUAUAACAACACUAUUAUAGCAUUACAAGUUUACAGUGGAAAAGGUUGGGUCAAUAGUCUAGAAAUAUGUCACUAUUAUAACAUGACAAGUUUAUGGAGGGCAUGGAUUGGGUCUCUUACUCGAGAAAUAUGUAAUACUAUUAUAAAAUAAGUUUGUGGGGGGCAAGUAUUGGGUCUCUUACUCAAGAAAUAUGUAACACUAUUAAAAAAUUAUAAGUUUAUGGGGGGCAAGGGUGGGGUCAGAGUUAUAAAUUCUUUUCCAAUCCCAGUUUUAAAAUUAAAACUAUAUCUUUCUAUAUUUAUUUAAUGUAGACUGAGUCAUCUAUCUGUUUGUUAAAGCUGCAAUGAGUGUGUACUAUUAAAGUCUGGAUUAGGACUUCAGAGUCAUGUACUUGCAGUUAAUGUCAAGUUUUCCCCAGUCAUCGGGUCUGUCAGUAAUUUGUAUUCUUAUUUGAAAACUCUUACAAUGCCUUCCACAUUUUCUCCCCCAACUUGUAAUUUUAUAACAGAGAAGGCUAAACCAUUCUCCUUGAGGGCCACAGGGACAUUUUAAAGUCUCAAAAAAAAAUCCACAUAAUGAAUUUUAUUAUUUUUAUACAAUGACAUAACAGGUAUCUGUACAAAAUCCAUUUUUUUUUACUAGCCAUAAGUUUAUGCUUGUUAAUAUGCAACAUCGUAAACUAGCAAGCAGAUUUCUUUAAAUUUUCAAAAAUAUUCACUGAUCACAUCGGCCAAAACAAGACUCAAAUGUUAGACUUGCUUUUAGGUAUAUUGGACCCGCUGAUUCCAAAAUUGGCACCGGUUUUCCAGAACAGCUCUAGUUUUUGAGAUAUUGAGCAUAUGUCAUUCUAUCAAUCAGUAUGAUUUUUUGUCUGUCUCCUGCGCCCCCUCCAGUUAUUUGAAACAUUAACUCAACAUUUCUGCUCUUAAUAGCCUCUGUCUUGAGUGAGAUUUACAACUUGGUAUUUUGGUGGUGUCAAAUGGUAAAUAAAGAUGUUGUUUUUCUGAAAUAAUUUAUUAUUAAAAUUUCCUUCUGUUUUCCAGGCUGUGGGUGACACAGUUUUACAAGAAGAAGUGCGAUUUGCUGUAAGUUUACAGACAUUUUGGCAAAACAACUAUUUUAUAUUUUAAACAAUUUCCUCUAAAAUUCUGCAUUUAAUUAAUGUUAAUUAUUUUGUUGUUUUGUUCCCUGUUUGGACUUAGAGUUACACUGCAUAUGAAUUGAUAUACUCAAUCAUCAUCAUUUGAAGACACUUUGUUUAUCUAGAAAUAUCUACUGAUAAAUUGACAACAACGUCUGAUAUAAAAAUAUAUUGCCAAAAUCUCUCAGGGAAUCUCUUAUUUUACUGCAAAAACAUCACAAAUCGUUUUUGACAAACCCAAGAAAAGAAAAAUGCAAAAUAUUUAGGUUAAGCUCUAAAAAUAACUUAAAUUUAACUUUGUUUAUUUACUUGGCUUGGCUAUCUAAAAUAAGCACAAGUUAUUUAUAUGCUUCUCCUUUUGGGUUCAUUUGUGUCUCACAAUGGGGUUUUACUGUCUAAGAGAUUGGUUUAAGCACAAAUAAACAAAUGACAAUAGUAUAGAAAUAUAUGGAGCAGAACUGUAUGCAAAAGAAUGUGUGCAUGAUUCAGUUAUAAUCUGUUGGUCUGUACAGUACCUUUCACUAAAUUAUCUUUGAAAUGAGAAUACAACCUUAAACAAACAAUAGACAAUUUAAGAAAUUACAUUUUAAUGAAAUUUAAAUUAUUAUUUUUUAAUGCAUAAGGGUUAUGACAACAUCACUACAUGUUACUAUAACAUCAACCUUAUUUAAAAAUUUAAACAAAUGGUUGACAAAAUUCACACAUAUUAUUUACAGGGUCCCUCAAGCUGUUUUGGCAAAGCCCUAGAAACAAAGCAGCCCAUCACUUUAGCAGAUAUACCUGUGGUAAGUGACGGAGUGGUCAUGUGUGGAGGGAUCUUACUUAGAGUUCUUGUUGUGUGGCAGAACAUAUCACUUUGAGGGUGGUGGAUACAUCACUUAGAGUGUGUGUGUGGUGGAAGAUAUCACAUUGUCUUAGAGUGGGGGUGUGGAGGGAUAUAACACUGAGAUGUGGGGCUGUGUGUGUGGAGGGAUAUAACACUGAGAUGUGGAGCUGUGUGUGUGGAGGGAUAUAUCACUCAGAUGUGUUUAGUGACAGAGUGUAGGGAUAUCUCACUUAGCUGUCAUAAGUGAAAGAGUAGGGGUGUGGAGGGAUGUAUCACUCAGAUGUGUUGAGUGACAGAGUGUAGGGAUAUCUUACUUAACUGUCAUCAGUGAAAGAGUGGAGGGAUAUAUCACUCAGAUGUGUUUAGUGACAUAGUGUAGGGAUAUCUCACUUAGCUGUCAUCAGUGAAAGAGUGGGGGUGUGGUGGGAUAUAUCACUCAGAUGUGUUUAGUGACAUAGUGUAGGGAUAUCUCACUUAGCUGUCAUCAGUGAAAGAGUGGGGGUGUGGUGGGAUAUAUCACUCAGAUGUGUUUAGUGACAGUGUAGGGAUAUCUUACUUAGCUGUCAUCAGUGAAAGAGUGGGGCUGUUAGUUGUACUUAUUCCAUUUUUAUCUUAAGCUCUAUUCCUUUGAUUCAUUGGUCCUUCUCAUUAGUAUUUCUUCAUUAGGAUUCUUACUUUCUGCACUAUCUACUGAAAGGGAAAAAAAACACAGAUCGAUUCAUUAAAUAAAUGUCAUUGCUACCGCACACACAAAAAACCCGAAGUCGAACACCCCCUCCCCCACAUACAAACACUCUAUGAAUUUUUAAAUUUAAAUAAGAAAACAACUGUAUAACUUGUUUGGGAGAAAGCUUAGGCUGCAUGUCUAAAGUAAAAUAUGAGGUUUAUAUUUCCCCCUACAGGAAAGGAGAUAUGAAGUAGAGAAAAUAAUC